ACUAUUGCAAACAGAUUCAAUAUUGAUAUGUUUUGCAAUCACAUACUGUAUAAUUAUUGCUAUACUUUGUCUAAAGCUCUCAAAUUAUUAGAACACGUAAUCAGGUGCCAAACCAUAUGAUGCUUAACUGGUUCUCACUGUGAUUGAUUUGAUUUGACCACACUAACCCUUCCACUUUGUUCUCUCUGUGCGUGCUAGCUGUAACUGCAUUAUUCUCAGAUUUCUAUGGCUGAAAAUGCAAAGCGUCUCAUCAUCGGAAUCGACCUUGGCACCACCUAUUCUUGCGUCGGAGUCUGGCACCACGGCGGUGUCCAAAUCAUCACCAACGACCACGGCAACCGGACUACCCCUUCUUACGUUGCUUUCACCGACUCCGAACGCUUAAUUGGCGAUGCUGCCAAGAGCCAGGUCACCAGGAACCCCGUCAAUACAGUCUUCGAUGCCAAGCGUUUGAUUGGAAGGAGAUUCUCUGAUGCUUCCGUUCAGAGUGACAUGAAGCUAUGGCCAUUCAAAGUUAUUGCUGGUACUGCCGACAAGCCAAUCAUUGUUGUUAGCUACAAGAAUGAGGAGAAGCAACUCACUGCUGAGGAGAUUUCCUCCAUGGUCCUCCUCAAGAUGCGUGAGAUCGCCGAGGAUUUUGUUGGUUCCACCGUGAAGGACGUUGUUGUCACUGUUCCAGCAUACUUCAAUGACUCUCAGCGCCAGGCCACCAAGGAUGCUGGUGUCAUUGCUGGCCUUAAUGUCAUGCGUAUCAUCAACGAACCCACUGCUGCUGCCCUUGCCUAUGGCCUUGAUAUGGAGCCUGUUGUUGACGAUGAGGAUGAAAUGAACGUUUUGAUUUUUGACCUUGGCGGUGGUACUUUUGAUGUCUCUCUUCUAUCCAUUGUAGACAGUGUCGUUGAAGUUCUUGCCACUGCAGGAGACAGCCAUCUUGGAGGUGAAGACUUCGAUAACAGGAUGGUUGAGAAUUUUGUUGAGGAAUUCAAGAGGAAGCACGAGAAGGAAAUUAGUGGGAACCCGAGGGCUUUAAGAAAGUUGAGGACCGCAUGUGAAAGGGCAAAGAGGAUACUGUCAUCCACUGUACAGACCACCAUUGAGAUUGACUCAUUGUAUGAAGGUAUUGACUUCUAUACCACAAUCACUCGUGACAGGUUUGAAGAACUCAACAUGGACCUCUUCAGCAACUGCAUGGACACUGUUGAGAGGUGUUUGAGGGACGCUAAAAUGGACAAGAGCAGUGUACAUGAUAUUGUUCUUGUUGGUGGGUCUACGAGGAUCCCAAAAGUGCAACAGUUGUUGAAGGAUUUAUUCAAUGGGAAGGAACUCUGCAAGAGCAUCAACCCAGAUGAGGCUGUUGCUUAUGGAGCUGCUCUCCAGGCUGCUAUCUUGAACGAUGUGGAGAACAAGAAAGUUCAGGAGCUUACGUUGGUGGAUAUCACUUCCCUUUCACUUGGUGUGGAAACUGUUGGUGGUGUCAUGACUGUCCUGAUUCCAAAGAACCGUCCAAUCCCGUACAAGAAGGAGCAGGUUUUCUCAACCUACUCCGACAACCAGCUUAGUGUGUUGAUCAGGGUGUACGAGGGUGAGAGAACCAGUACCAGGGACAACAACUUGCUUGGUAAAUUCGAGCUUUCUGGCAUCCUUCCUGCUCCAAGGGGUGUUCCUCAGAUCAAUGUUUGCUUUCAAAUUGAUCACAAUGGUAUCAUGAAUGUCUCUGCUGAAGACCAGACUACUGGGAAGAAAAACAAUAUCACUAUUACAAAUGGCGAGGGCAGGCUCUCAAAGGAGGAGAUUGAGAAGAUGGUGCAGGAGGCGGAGAAGUACAAGGCUGAGGAUGAGGAGUACAAGAAGAACGUAAAGGCCAAGAUUGCCUUGGAACUAGCGGUGGAGAGGCACAGUUUUACAAAAGAUGCUCCAGAUCAACACUCAAAGGCGGAGAAGUACGAUUCUACAAAAGAUUCUCCAUACCUACGCUUGGAGGGGCAAGUGGAACAUGAUACUUGCCAUCAAGUUACAUUACCAACCCCAAGUUUACACCCCUUCCCUUCGGGAAACUUUGGGUAUUAUUUCAACUCUACAAAAAAGGCUUCACAGAAAAUUAUAGAGGCACUAAAAGAUGAUAAAUACUAUGUAAUUGGAUUGCAUGGAAAGAAGGGCUCUGGUAAAACAUCAUUAGUGAAAGCUGAGAUGAAUGAGUAUGAAAAGAUUUUUCAUAGAGUUAUAUUUCCCACAGUUUCCAAUAACCAAGAUGCCAAGAGCAUUCAGGAGGGAAUUGCUAGCUCGCUGAAUGUGCAUUUUGAAAGAGAUGACAGUGAUGGCUUGAGAGCAAUGAAAAUAAUUAUGGCAUUAGAAAGGAAGGAUAGAACUAUUCUGGUCAUUUUGGAUAAUUUUCCGACAAAGUCUCAACCGCAGGAAUUAGGUAUUCCUUUUAGUAGCAGACAAUGCAAGGUUCUUUUAACCACACGUGACGAGGCAGACUGUGUCUUGAUGAGAUGUGACCAUUCUAUUUCUCUGGAUCCCUUAUCUAAUGAGGAAGCUUUGACACUGCUACAAAAACUUUCUGGUGUUAACUCUCAAUCUGCUCUAUUUGAAGUGGCACAGGAAGUUGCUUCUAAAUGCAAUGGCUUACCUGGAUUGAUUGAAAAGGUGGCGACUUCCUUGAAAAAUAAAUCCUUGGAAAAUUGGAAACAAUCAUUAAUCAGUCUAAGCCACUCAACUGCCCGCUACCAGAUUUUUAUCAGUUUUAGAGGAGCCGAUACUCGACAUGUUUUUACAAACCAUCUCCAUUAUGCUUUGUGCCAGAAGGGGUUCGUGACCUUCAAAGAUGAUGAAUCAUUGGAGGGUGGGGUCCCAAUUGAGAAACUUCUUGACGACAUUGAAGAAUCGAGAUUUGCAAUUGUUAUUUUAUCCAAAAAUUAUGCAGACUCUGAAUGGUGUCUCAAAGAACUGGUCAAAAUUCUUGAGUGCAAGGAUAAGGAAAGUAAGAAUCAACUUGUUUUGCCAAUCUUCUAUGAAGUACCGCCCACAGACGUAAGGCAUGUACGAAAUAGUUAUGCUGAUGCCAUGGCCAAACAUGUAAACAAUGGAAAAGAUUCAUAUAUAGUUCUAACAUGGAAGAAGGCUUUAUAUGAUAUUUGUACGCUGACGGGAUUUGAAAAGCCUCAUGACUGGACCAGAGAUCAAUUUAUUGAUAAGAUCGUCAAUUUUGCCUGCGAUCACAGACAUCGCUUGCAUAUACAAAGUAUGUAUAUGAACUAGAAGAGAGAUUUCAGCUUCUCUUGCAAUCAGUGCAACACAAGACAAAACAGGUUACAAAUGGCUACCUGCUCAAAAAUGGAUUAUUGUGGUUGUAAUUUAUUUUGGACACGGUUCUUGGGAGAUUUUCACAAAGCAUCUGUAUGAUCCUUUGUGUAAGGAAGGAAUUCAUACCUUCUAAGAUGAUCAAUCAUUGGAGGAGAGGCCCCAAUUGAGGAACUUCUUGGAGCCAUUAAAGAAUUAACGUUGGUGGACCACUACACUGUUUUUGGAUGAUGGAUUUAAUGGAAGGAAUGUUGUUGUCUGAAGAUGCUCCCAUGAGUUUGGUAGAUGAGUAGUGUGGUAGUAUUCCGAAGAACUGAUGGCGGUGGCGGUCGUAUUCUCGUACUCUCCCUGCACCUCUCUUUUGCUCACUCGUUCCUCUCUCUCACUUCAUCUUCUUCCAUCUCUUAAGGUGAAAUUUCAAAUACGGUUUUAUAGUUUUCGAUUUCAAAUUGGUGGAUUUGAUUCCCUUUUAUCAUGUUUUGUGGAUCUGGAUCUCAUUUUAUGAUACUUACUCUGCAUUUGAACUGCCUAAUUCCUUUCUCUAGUGUUUCCUUUCUCAAUGAUUUUUGUUAUCUGCUUCUUUGCUUAAUCAACUCAAUAUGCUGUGGCUGUGGAAUUUGUCAAUUUUAUGUGAUUAAUUGUAAUUCACUUGGUUCCUUACACAUUUGGUCGUAUAUAGUGUAGUAUAAUAUUCCUUGAGAAUUGAGAUAGCAUGAUCAUGAAAGUGCACAGGUUUAUAUACAGAUUGAAUUCUUUAGUCAGAUAUAUAGGAAUCUUGGUACAUUUCCAUUAUGGUACUCAACCAAGAGAGCUUCAGCAUACAUCAUUGUUAUGUCUUCUUACUCAGCAUAUGUUAUGUUAUUCAUAUCUGUUAACUGAUGAAGUCAACAACACCCCACAUGUUCUGCAAGACUCACUGCUUCUGGUGGAUUUGGUGUCUCGUCGAGCAGCUGAAGAUUUCUUUCCUCCCCUGGUUCAUAUGGACAUAUGCACAAAAGAAGGGUGAAAGCUUUAUUGUCCAGUGAAGUUUCCACAACCAUUGAUGUGACGCCGUGGUCAAUUCUGAUGGAGUUGACUCCUGAACAACAAAGGAGGAAAGAAGAACAUCUGAGAGACGUCGUGGUCAAGUUUCAACCAUUCUCGGUUGAGAUCGCCGCCCUAGUUAUCCUCGAUAAUCUCAAAGCUUUAGUUCUAGACUCAUAAGACAGACCCCCCAUUGAUAAGCUUCUUGAAGCCAUUGAAGAGGCAAGGUUUGUAAUUGUUGUUAUGUCAGAAAAUUUUGCAGACUCUAAAUGGUGUCUUAAAGAACUUGUCAAGAUUCUUGAUUGUUGAAAACGGAAGAAACAAUUGGUUUUGCCAAUUUUUUAUGAAGUGGAACCAACCGACAUAAGGCAUCUAAAAGGGAGGUAUGGUGAAGCUAUGGCCGAACAUGAAAAAAAGUUAGCCAAAGAUUCUAAGACGGUAUUGGAAUGGACAUUAGCUUUGAGUGAUAUUUCCCAAUUGAAAGGAGAACAUUUCCGCAUUUCCAUCUUCAAAGGAGAGCAUUACGAAAGGUACAGAGAUCAACUUAUUGGAAAGAUCAUAAGAUUUACCCAUAAUAACAAACAUCGCUUGCAUAUACAAAGCAUGUAUAUGUACCAGAUGAAAGGCUUUGGCUUCUCUUACUGUUACUAGUUUGGCUGAUCCUUCUGCCAAUAUUAUAUUUGGAGCUGUUGUUGAUGAUCGUUACACCGGAGAGAUUCAUGUGACUAUCAUUGCCACUGGCUUUUCACAAUUUUUUCAGAAGAAGCUGCUAACAGAUCCAAUGGCUGCAAAACUUCUUGACAAAGUGGCCGAGGGAAAAGAAAGUAAGACAGUGCCUUCUCCCCUCAAAUCCUCAAACUUUUCUUCCAAAGUUGAAUCUAGAGCAACAACACCCUCACGAAACCUCUUUUUUUUUAGUUGCAUAGUUCGAUUUUUUUUUCUUGUUAGUUAUCAUUUUAUUGUAGUCACUCAGUUGUUUGAUGGUCUUGAAGCUUAUUUGCUUUGAGAUGUCAUUAUUCAUAUGGUUUAUGUAACCAUGCGCUUAAGUGUGUGUAGCUCACAAACAGUUUUUGUUUGUGAAAUGGAUAUAUAUGUUGAUUAUUCUUCUAUCUAAUCAAAAUUCCACAAAGCCUCUAACUACUUGAAGAGGUUGUGCUUCAUAUUACUCUA